CCUGAAGGUCCAGAUUGCAAAUUAGAACUUCUGUAGAACACCUACCUCCAGCUUUUGUUUCGAUCCGAUUUUCCGAGUCCCAAUUCAAAUCACUCUUACCGACUUCCAACUCCACAGUCAGACCAGCUAAUCAUAACUACCGGUUUCGAUUCCCGGCAACUAAAUGUCUUCGUUAACCGUUAAAAUGAUGGCCGGAUCUCUCCCUCCGGUGACGGAAUCAGUCGGAUCUAAUGCCAAAGGGCUAGCUGCUGCUUUUGUCAAACCACCUACUAUAUCUCUUCAGCAGGUUAGGGUUAAAGAAAUUGAAAAGUUAGAAGUGUCUACGAAGGUGUCACGAAGAAAUUUGGCAUUGUUUUUAACUGCUGGAUCUCUGAGCGCUGUGACUCUAUCAUCAUCACCUCAGCCAGCUGAAGCACGCAUGAGUAAAACUGAGAUGAAGAAGAUGAUAUUAGAAAAAUUCAAGAAACUCAGGGAGAAAAUUGGGUUAUCAAAGCCAGAAACCGAAGAAAAUGAAAAAGUUCCCUACCCAACUCCAACUCCGCCAACAGCAAAGAAAGAAGCUCCGGCAUCACCAAUUCCUUCUGAAAAAGUAAUUCCGGUUCCACCCCUUCCAAAUCUACAGAAUGACAAGAAAACGGUGGUGGAAGCCACUAUACUCCCAUGAUCAUUGUUUCCGAAAACAAAAAGCUCAGGUCUGGACUCUGGAUGAUGUAGAGGGAGUGGGCUCUAACAAAGAAUAUGUGUCUUUUAUUUGAUUUUUGAUUGAGGGAAUUAUUUUAAGUUAUCGUGGCUAAAUAAAUGAUUUUGUGG